AGCCAUCAUAUAAAGUAGAGGAGAGGGAAGAAGAAGCCAUUUCACCCAACCGAGAGCGGACGAGAGAACGAGGCCAUGGCCGCGUGGAGAACAGCCGCAGCUCUGCUGCUAAUACUACAGACUGUGCUGGGCCAGAGCAACAUCAGAUGGUGCACCAUCUCAGAUGCCGAGCUGAACAAAUGUAAGGCCAUGUCGAAGGCUUUCUCCGACGUCUCUCUCAGUCCUUCCCUCAGCUGUGUCAGCGGAACAUCAAUCGACAGCUGCGUUCAGAAGCUACAGAACAAAGAAGCAGACGCCUUGUCAAUGUCCAGCUCCGACAUCUACAGGCUGGCGAAGACCGCUUCCUUCAAGAUGGCUGCCAGUGAAACAAAGGCUGAUCUUACCGGAGCGUCCUACUAUGCAGUUGCUGUGGUGAAAAAAGCAAAUUCUGGCAUCAACAUCAACACCCUGGCAGGAAGAAAGAGCUGCCACACAGGGAUAGGCCGAACAGCCGGCUGGAAAAUGCCUGUAGGAUACCUCAUAGACCAGGGCUACAUGUCUGUGAUGGGCUGCAACAUCCCACAGGGUGUGGCAAAUUUCUUCAAUGCGAGCUGCGUCCCUGGAGCAAACAAGGCCAGUGACCCUCCGUCUCUGUGUCAGCUGUGCAAGGGGGAUGGUAACGGGCAGCACAAAUGCGAGAUGAGCGAGCAAGAGCAAUACUACAGCUAUGAAGGAGCUUUCAGGUGUCUGACUGAUGAUGCAGGAGAGGUGGCCUUCAUCAAACACACGACUGUCAUCGAUAACACGGACGGUCGUGGCCCAACCUGGGCAAAAAACCUGCUGUCAUCGGACUAUGAGCUGCUGUGUCGUGACGGCAACAGGGCGCCCAUCUCUGAGUGGAAAACAUGCCACCUGGUCCGCAUCCCGUUUCAAGGGAUUGUGGUCGGCAAUGACGUCACUCCCUCUGUGGUGUUUAACUUGCUGUCGGAGGGCAAGAAAAAGUCAAACUUCGAAAUGUUUUCGUCUACGGAGUAUGGAGGAGAAAAUCUGCUCUUCUCCGAUUCAUCCGUCGACUUUCACGGGGCGGAGUCAGACGACCCCAAGAAGUGGAUGGGUCAAUUAUAUUAUAAUGCUUUGACAGCCAUGGACUGUAAAGCUGAGGAGGUCCUGCGGUGGUGUGUGCUGUCCAGCGGCGAGCAGCAGAAGUGUGGCGACAUGGCCGUGGCCUUCCAAAGUCAGCGUCUGACUCCAGCCAUCAAGUGUGUCUACGGCGACUCUGUGACUGACUGCAUGAACAGAAUCAAGAACAACGAGGCUGAUGCUGUCACUCUGGAUGGGGGUUACAUCUACACAGCAGGCAAAGACUACGGCUUGGUCCCUGCUACCGGCGAGAGCUACACAGACGACCGCGAUGGUUCCAUGUACUAUGCAGUGGCGGUGGUGAAAAAGAGUAGCCAGGACAUCCGUAACCUUGACGACCUGCGUGGCCGCCGCUCCUGUCACACUGGAUACGGUCGCACAGCUGGCUGGAACGUUCCCGUAGCAACACUGAUGGAGAGAGGCCUGAUCACCCCGAAGGACUGUCAGAUACCCCAAGCGGUGGGAGAGUACUUUAAGCAGAGCUGUGUACCAGGAGCCAACCAGCCCGGUUUCCCCAGCAGCCUGUGCGAUCUGUGUGUGGGUGACAGCUCAGGACAGAGCAAGUGUGAGAAGGGAAAAGACCUGUAUGAUGGAUACGACGGUGCAUUCAGGUGUCUGGCAAAGGGAGACGGCGAUGUGGCCUUUAUUAAACAUGCUACUGUCUUCCAAAACACAGAUGGUAACUCUGAUGAAUCGUGGGCAGUGAACCUCCAGUCUACAGAUUUCCAGCUGCUCUGUUCUCAGGGCUCUAAGGCCGAGGUCUCGCAGUACAGAAACUGUCACCUGGCCAGAGUCCCUUCCCACGCUGUGAUGGUACGGCCUGACACCAACAUCCACGCUGUCUAUGGACUCCUGGACAGCGCACAGACACAUUUCGGCAGUGAUACGGGUUCUGGUUUCAAGAUGUUUGACUCGCAGGCCUACACGGGCACAGAUCUCAUCUUCAAAGACUCCACUGUUCGCCUUGUGGGUGUUGCUGACAGAAAGACCUACCAGGAGUGGCUGGGCCAGACUUACAUGGACUCACUGGUUGAAAUGGAGUGUAGCUCAUCAAGUGCAGUGAUGUCCUCUGCAUGGCUGCUGCUGCUGGCCCUGUUCAGCUUCGUGCUGAGCAACGUCUGGAUGUAAAGACACAAUAUGACACAAGCGUUCAGCCUCUUCUGCUGUUCCCUUCCUCCCCCAUUGUCUCUAUUCCUCACCUCUCACCUCUUUAUACUCCCCGUGUCACUCUCUUCCUCUCUCUCUCUCUCCAUGCCUGGCUCUUCUGUCCCCUUAUCCUCCUAUAUUCUCCAGUUUUCACAUAGCUUUGCCUUGCUUUUCUGGAGACCCACUCUUAUCCUCGAAUGUGUGUUUUUGUCUUACAAUUGCAUAAUUUCUGCCUGAUUGUGUGUUAUUUUAUGAUAAGAGCGGAUGGUGUUGGCGCUGCCUUUGGAUUUAAAUGGUGCUGAAGCAAAUAAAGCACGAUGUCUCUUGUUUUGGUGGCAGAGAAGAGAGUUAGUUGCAGAAGGACUUUCAACCCGUGUGACUCAGACAUGUUGAAAACAGAUGGUGAUGCUGUGUUUACUGAAGGUGAGCUGCUAUAUCAGUGUGUAUCCUGCCACCUGUUACAUUGCUUGAGUAGGAUAGUGCAUCCCUGUCUCUCCAUAGCUAGUUUUACAAAGAACCCCACAUGAGCUACAGUUAAUGUUUUAGCUUCUGUUGAACAGAAACGUUCAGUCCCAGAAAUGCUGCAUAAUUCACAGAGCAAAUAAAAAAAUGACUGGGAACUGCUAUAGCAGCAAAUAGUCAGCAUACUUCCUAUGUUUCAUACCUUUUUAGCAUUUCAGUUUCUGCAUUUGAACACAAAUGGAGUGACGCACUGGUCAGGUUCCAUCAGAUUUGGGGAGAACAUAAAGGAAACAUCCUGUGGUUUGUGUUGGAGAGUGAAUGAUUGUUUGCUUCUCUGGAUGUUUUAAGUCAAAGAGAAGUUUGUGUCAGGUGAAGAAAGACCACAGGCUUUCAUUUCUUAAUGUAAUUCCAACUUUUAAAGUCAAAAAAAUGUUUGCGUUUAUCUUACAGUGCAGAAAUUGACUCCAGCUUGACUUGGGAGGGCAUUUAGCUUAAAACGUUUAGUUAUGUAAGAGGAAUAAUUAAGAAAACACAAUUGUUUCUUCAAAUCUAUCCUGAGUAAAACAACCCAAACCAAACCCAAAACCCUGCUCUCGUGUCCUCUAACCCAAACAACUCACUCCAGAAAGGUCUCUUUCUAAACCAGUCCUUGUCAUAUCUACUGUACUUCCUGCUGCUUGAUGCUGUUUCCUGUUAUAAGAUGUCGAUUUGGAUGUGUAUUUUCCUAUGUUGAGAGAUUUAUUUUUAUAUGACGUUCAGGUGCCAUAUCAGUGUAUAUGUACUGACUCAUGCUGUCAGAAACGACUGCCUUCUCUUCCUCCUGAUAGAGAUUUAUUUCGAUGUGAAAUGAUGUAACAUGUAACUAAUAUUUAGUUGCCAGGCCAGUGCGUCUGCAUAAGUAUUACUACAUAAA